AUGUCGACAACUGUUUCUGCGUUUUCGACAAGAGUCGCCCUCCAAGCAGACGAACAGCUCGACAGCCUACUUUCCAAAUUUUGGGAGGUGGAGGAUAUUCCAGCGAAGCUGAUAAAGGAGUCAGACUACGUUUGCGAAGAAAACUUCGUUAAGACUACUUCUCGUAGCAAAUGUGGCAGAUAUCGGGUGACUCUUCCAUUCCGGAAGCCCGAUGGCAUUGAACUGGGUCAUUCCAGAUCUAUAGCGCUGGCUCAAUUCCUCAAGAACGAGAAUCGUUUGUCAAGAAACGAUUCUCUAAAGGAACAGUACAAUGCCGUUCUCCAGGAGUACGUGGACUUGGGUCAUAUGACGAUUGGCACGACUCCUAAUUUCUACCUGCCUCACCACGCCGUGUUCAAACCAGAUAGCACCACAACGAAGGUGCGGGUCGUUUUCAACGCAUCUUGUCCAUCCUCAAAUGGCAAGAGUCUGAAUGAUAUCCUUCAUUCAGGGCCCAUUCUCCAAUCGGAUCUCACGUUGCAGAUCCUCCGAUGGCGAUACUAUCGAUAUGUGUUCAAUGCGGACAUAACGAAGAUGUAUCGCCAAAUCCUCAUGGACUCAAAGCACACACCGUUCCAACGAAUUCUGUUCCGCACGUCGGACGGUGAGAUCCGUGACUUUGAGUUGAACACAGUGACAUUCGGUGUCAACUUCAUUUCCAACAACAUGUACGUGGACGACGUCCUAGCGGGGAUACACACAAGAGAAGAGGCCAACCGGACCAUUGCGGAAGUGUGUGCAGCCCUGGACAGCGCUGGCUUCCCGCUGAGGAAGUGGACGUCGAACCAUAAGAGCGUGCUGAAGGACAUUCCAAAGGACCAUCUACUUCGAGAAGAUUUCCUCGAACUAGAAGACUCCAGUACGGCGAAAACUCUGGGCAUCAGGUGGCAAGCUCACGAUGACGAGUUCUUCAUGCCACCAGAAGUUGCCCAUCAGGACUCCUACACGAAGAGGGAAGUGCUCUCGCAAAUCGCUAAGCUUUUCGACCCAGCCGGGUGGCUGGCCCCUUUCGUUAUCCGAGCCAAGAUCUUCAUGCAGGAGAUCUGGCUGAGAACGCUCGAAUGGGACGAGCAUCUACCCACGGAUCUUUCACUCCAAUGGAAGGAGUACCUCCAGAGCUAUCCUGCUCUGGGAAAGAUCCGGAUUCCAAGAUGGGUCCAAUUCCAGACACGGGUGAAGCUCCAGUACCACGGAUUCUGUGAUGCAUCAGAAAGGGCGUACGGAGCAGCGAUCUACAUAUGUCCGUGUGGAGACGGCGAACAAGGUUUCCACACAUCUCCUUACUGCGAAGACAAAGCCCUCCUCCUGAAUCUGCCAGCAGAAAGUUUCCAGACUUUCUUUUGGACUGAUUCAACAAUUGUUCUCGCCUGGUUGAACAAGCCACCCUGCAGAUGGACAACCUUUGUGGCCAAUCGCGUGGCCAAGAUCGUCCAAGCCAGCGACGCCAAGAACUGGUCGCAUGUGCGAUCCGAGCACAAUCCGGCAGAUCUCGCAAGCCGAGGUGUCCUGCCACAAGAAUUGAUGCGUAAUCCUUUGUGGUGGCAUGGACCAGAGUGGCUUCAUCUCCCGUCGGAUCAAUGGCCAACAUCUCCAAGUCCCAUUUCGGAGACUCUGCUGGAGCAACGGAUGAAGUGCAACGUCGCUAAGUUACCUCCUACUCCUGACUUCCUAAAUAAGUUCUCUGAGUUUGGCAAGGCAUUGCGCACAUCCGCCUAUGUCCUCAGAUUCAUCGAUAGGAGUCGGAAGUUGGCAGUUCCCAGCUCUAUCGUGGUCCAGGCGGAUGAGCUGUCACGGAUCCAAGAGCGGCUAAUCGUCAUGGCUCAACGACACACUUUCCAACAGGAAUACCAAUGUCUGCAGUCCAAGCAGCAGGUUCCUUCCUCAAGUUCAAUCCGAAACUUGAACCCUUUCCUCGAUGGCAAGGGGAUUCUACGGGCCUGUGGGCGUCUGAGGGCGUCCCACUCGCUGCGUUACGAUGAGAGUCAUCCAAUCAUCCUCUCGUAUUCCUCGUCCUUUGCACGACUACUGGUUCGUUUCACCCAUCGUAUAUCCUUACAUGGGGGUAACCAAGUCGUCAUGCGGCUGAUCCGUUCCAGAUUCUGGAUACCAAAAUUGAAGGUCCUCGUUAAAUCCACCAUCAACUCCUGCAAGGUUUGCGUCAUCUACAAGAAGAGAUUGCAGACCCAAAUGAUGGGGGACUUGCCCAAGGAAAGGGCGUCCUACUCGAGACCUUUCACGCACACUGGAGUCGACUUCGCCGGCCCAUUCGAAAUAAAGAAUUACACUGGCCGAGCCUUCCUCAUCACCAAAGGGUAUGUCUGCGUCUUCGUGUGCUUUAGCACGAAGGCGAUCCACUUGGAGGCAACAUCGGAUCUCACGACGGAGAAAUUCCUGGCCGCAUUCUCCCGUUUCAUCGCACGGCGCGGGUGUCCACACCAAAUGUACUCGGACAACGGGAAAACCUUCGUUGGAGCUGACAAGGUGAUCUCCAACGACUUCUUGGAAGCGACGAGGGAGUGCAUCAUCGCACAACUCGCCCACAAGAGCCUAUCCUGGCACUUCAACCCGCCGGGCGCCCCACAUAUGGGUGGAUUAUGGGAAGCCGGCGUAAAGAGUUUUAAGGCACUCUUUUACAAGGCGACAUCCACCUCGAAAUAUACGUUCGAAGAGUUGUCCACUCUUCUCGCUAAGAUCGAAGCCUGCCUGAAUUCGAGGCCGAUUUCCCCUAUGUCCGAGGAUCCGUCGGAUUUACUAGCGCUCACUCCUGGCCAUUUCCUCAUAGGUGGCCCUCUUAUUUCGGUGUUGGAACCACCAAUUAACCAACCGGCCACCUCCAUCCUCAAUCGAUGGCAGCGAUUGAAGGCUCUUCACCAACAAUUUUGUUUCCGUUGGAAAGAUGAGUACCUGAAGGAGCUGCACAAACGGACGAAAUGGCAAUCCCCUACCCGGAACCUUCGGAUCGGUGACAUGGUCGUCAUAAAGGAAGACAACCUCCCCUCGAACGAGUGGCGCCUAGGACGGGUGCUGACGACGUGUCCAGGCACCGACUCCAAGGUCCGAGUGGUAGAUGUGCUCACGGCGCGGGGUACCAUCCGAAGACCCGUUGCCAAACUUAUUCUACUCCCGAUGGACAGCAAGACUGACCCCUCCACGUCAGAAGGACUGAAGGACGAAUAA